UCCUUCCCUUUCUGCUUUUAUUUUUUUGUUACAGAAACAGCACAAGUUAGAACACCAUACAAUGCUUCGAACUGAUUAUAUCCCAAUAAAGACACCAUUUUUAAUGUUGGAUGACAACUUUAACUAAUUAGUAUUGACAAUAGCACAGUCACAAACCAAUCUUUAGCAAAAUCCUAGGUUCCUCUAAACAUGUCUUUUUCACAUUUUGCAACUUCACAAAUGUGAGUAUGUGACUAUUAAAAAAAAAAUUAAAAAAUCAAGAUUCACCCCAAAACCCAUUGAACCAAAAUGGAUUCUUCAACUGAAAACUUUUUCAAAAUCCUUUUAAGAAACCCAUCUUCCAUUAAAACAAAGUUACAAGCCAAACAACUCCAUGCCCAAAUUGUAAAAACAAGAGGUAUAAGGUCUAUUUCACUUGCCACCAUCAUUCUUAGAGUUUACUCUGACCUUAACCUUCUAAAAGAAUCUUUACAAGUUUUUAACACUUUUCAUUAUGUACCCACAAAAGCAUGGAAAUCUGUUAUAAAGUGUUAUUCUUGUAAUGGCUAUUUUCUUGAUUCUUUAUCUUGUUUUGUUGAAAUGAGAGGUUGUGGAAAGUUGCCUGGUAGAGAUGUAUUUCCUUCUGUUGUAAGAGCAUGUACACAUUUGAAGGAAUUGAGAGUUGGUGAAUGUGUUCAUGGUUGUGUUGUUAAGUUUGGUAUGGAAAAUGAUGUUUAUACUGGUAAUGCACUUAUGAAUAUGUAUGUAAAAUUGCAGGUUUCGUCGAAUGAUUGUAAGGUGUUCGAUGAAAUUCCUCAGUCAAUUCGCUUUAGUAGUCGUAAAAGCAGCAGUUUGGUUAAUAAUAACAAUGUAUAUGGUAUGGCCCAAGAUUCUGAUAUUGAAAUUGAUGGUAUUGGUGAAGUACCAGUUCUGUAUCAGGAAACAAGAAAUGAGUUGAUAAGGAGUGAAAAAAGUCAUUUUGAUAGUGUGAGUAAGAUUUUUCAAAUGAUGCCGAAUAAAGAUGUUGUUUCGUGGAAUACUGUGAUUGGUGGAAAUGUACAAAGUGGGUUGUAUGAGGAAGCUUUGGAUAUGUUAAGGGAAAUGAGCAAUGCUAAUUUGAAACCUGAUUGUUUCACCUUGUCGAGCAUCCUUCCUGUCUUUGCGAGGCAUGUAGAUGUCUCAAAGGGAAAAGAGAUUCAUGGGUAUGCAAUUAGACGCGGGUUUGACAAAGAUGAGUUUAUCGGGAGUAGCUUAAUUGAUAUGUACGCGACUUGUACCAGGGUUGAGGAUUCUUAUAGGGUGUUCGAUUUGUUACCAGAAAAGGAUGACAUUUCAUGGAAUUCGAUAAUAGCAGGAUGUGUGCAAAACGGUACUUUUGAUGAAGGGCUGAGAUUGUUUAGGCAGAUGUUAGCUGCUAAUGUCAAGCCUGUUGAAGUAUCUUUCUCAGCUAUAUUGCCUGCCUGUGCUCAUUUGACCACACUACAUCUGGGGAAACAGCUCCAUGCAUACAUAAUAAGAAUGGGGUUUGAUCAAAACAUGUAUAUUGCUAGUUCACUUGUGGACAUGUAUGCCAAAUGUGGGAAGAUAAUGACUGCUAGAUGGAUUUUUGACAGGAUGGAGGUACACGAUUCAGUUUCAUGGACAGCCAUAAUCAUGGGCUAUGCAUUGCAUGGACAUGCCAGCGAGGCCAUUAUUCUAUAUGAGAAUAUGCAACGUGAUAGGAUAAAACCUAAUGCUGUGGCUUAUUUGGCUAUUCUAACUGCUUGCAGCCACGCUGGUUUGGUUGAUGAAGGUUGGAAUUAUUUUACAAGUAUGAGCAGAUAUGGUGUAUCUCCUGACCUCGAGCACUACGCUGCUAUUGCAGACCUUCUUGGUCGUGCUGGAAGAUUAACGGAAGCUUAUAAGUUUAUCACAGACAUGCCUAUUAAGCCCACCGGGGGUAUUUGGGCUACGCUUUUAUCAGCUUGCCGAGUUCACAAAAAUGUUGAACUGGCUGAAAAAGUUGCCAAAGAAAUGACUAAAGCUGAUCCUGGGAACAUGGGACCUUAUCUGCUCUUGUCAAAUAUGUACUCUACCGCUGGAAGAUGGAAAGAUGCAUCAAAAUUAAGAACUACUAUGAGGAAGAAAGGAAUGAGAAAACCACCAGCCUGCAGCUGGAUAGAAGUUAGGAACCAUGUUCAUGGUUUUGUUUCGGGAGACACAUCUCACCCAUAUUAUGAUCAGAUACACAAAGCACUAAGAGAUAUUUAUGAACGCUUGAAACAAGAAGGUUACGUUCCCGAGACGAGUGAGGCACUACAUGAUGUUGAUGAGGAGCAAAAGAGUGAUUUGCUCUAUACUCAUAGUGAACGGCUUGCGAUAGCAUUUGGCAUUAUUAGUACACCUGCUGGGACGACCAUUCGCAUAACCAAGAAUCUCCGUGUAUGCGUAGACUGUCACACAGCCAUAAAGUUGAUAUCCAAAGUUUUGGGGAGAGAGAUAAUUGUGAGAGAUAAUAGUCGGUUUCACCAUUUCAAAGAUGGGAAUUGUUCAUGUGGAGACUAUUGGUGAGAGCAACUAUCAAGUGUAUCCAUUAUUAGCAGCAAAGGGCUUCAUAUGGGAAGGUUCUGAGGAAAUGACAGAUUAUGUAGGACUUCCGGAAGUCUCUAGUAUUGUGCAUUCUAGUAGCAAAUCUAGAGAUCAUGCCUCAGUGCUUUGGUCUAAAAGUUAAAAGGUCCUUCGGACGCUGUUCAACAAUAAGGUAUUGGGGGCAUGGAUUUCAUCAAUCCAUAAAUGGCCUGAUGUGAACUUCCCAUUUUCUCCUGGUGUUACAAAAGGUUAGAGACCUUGAAGCUCUAAUAUUCUUGUGUCUUUGUUGGUGACGACAUUUUGGAAUUUCACAAGGUCAUAUUCAAUUGAGGAGGAUUCUUGGAACUGGACCUUUUAACUUAACUAUUUUUUGUGUAAAUUACAAAAUUUUCUGACGGUUGAAUGUUUUGCACCACCUGAAAAGAAGUUGCUGAAAACUGUGAGUCUUUUGAUGCCAAAAAAUAAUGCAAUCUUUGUCAUUUUGGAAGCUAUCUUUGUAGGUUAAACAGAUCUUUUGAUACUUAAGAAGGAUAAGAUAUGGAAUUUCUAAAUGGUCAAAAGGUGUUGUUUCUUUACGUUUGCUUAAUUGUUUCUUGGCGCUGAAAGGUUUAGGAGCUCUCCUGAAUUCGCGCAAAGAUUCCGUUCCUCUUCUGACUAUAUUGGUUUAGAUGGAAGCUUCAUUGCUGGUAACAAAAGCUCCUAAGAGCUGAUGAAUACCUAUGACCCCGUCCACAUAACCUGUCGAGGAAUCUCUUUGUACUCAGUCAUCAACCUUUACCCCACUGCAGGUGCUGGCUUCCAAUGUGGGGAAUGAUAACUCCACUUCUGUAUUGUCCUAAACUUCAAUACUACAUUGAGCUCCUCUGUACUCAGUGGCAGAGACAUACAUAUGAAAUUGGUACAUAUACAGAGGCAUCUCUCUUUGCGCAAAAUUCUGCGCAUGCCACUGUUUGUACAAAUAAAGUAUGCUGAAUAGGUCUUCAAAAACUGAAGUCUGAAUAAAACAACAACGUAAUCCCACAAAUGGGGUCUGGGGAGGGUAGUGUGUACACAAACCUUACCACUACCUUGGGAGAUAGAGAGGUUGUUUCCGAUAGACCCUCGGCUCAAGGAAAAGCAUAUCAAAACAGUAUGGAACAGAAAUAACAGAAGUAAAGAAGCAACGGCAAAAUACUAUAGAUAGCAUGACAAAACAAUCUGAGAAAAGGAACAGUAGCUACAACAAAAUAAUACUAUGGAUGGAUCUUUGUUGUGGAGUUGGGAUGGGGAAUGGUUGAGAUGAUGGUGUUUGUAUUUUCUUAUAGGAGUUGGCAUUUAGGAGACAAAACCUAUAUCACAUCAGGAAUAAGUCAUAGUACCAGUAAAGUAAGCGUGAAAUGGGACCAAAAAAGAGACAACAUAUAAAACAGUAGUACUAGUUUUAUACAUGUGUCUGAACUGAUAAUGUAUUAGGUCAUUUGCCACUAUUUGUUAUUUGUUUCUUGGCAUGUGAAAGCAACAAUGCAGAUGCACAAGUAGACAAAGUAUGCCUGUGAUUUUCUUAUGUUCGAUCCUUGUGAUCUUUUUUGCAGUCUA